CGGGGGCGGGCUCAGCCCGGGGGGGGCCGGGGGCGGCCGCUCCAGCCCCGCUCGGCUCCGGCUGCUCCAAAUCGGCUUAAGGGCAGCGGCGGAGCUGCUGCACCGGGGGGGCAGCGCCGAGCCCCCUCCCGAGCCGGACCCGCCAAGCGGGCCGAGCCCCCCUCCCAUCCCCUCCCGGCGCCCCCCGGAGCGGGCCGAGCCCCCUCCCGGACCGGACCGGGCCGGGCCGGGCCGAGCCGCCGCCGGUGCCCGGCGCGAUGCCCGCCCGCCGCCCGGCGCGGGGGCCCCGCUGAGCCGCCCCGCGGGCACCAUGCGCGCCAUGAGCCCCCUGCCCCUGUGGCUCCUGCUCUGGCACCUGCGGCACCUGGCGCUGGGAUAUCUGACCGUCAGCAUCGAGCCCCUGCCCCCAGUGGUGGUGGGAGACGCCGUGACCCUGAAAUGCAACUUCAAAACCGACGGGAAAAUGCGGGAGAUCGUCUGGUACCGGGUCACUGACGGCGGCACCAUCAAGCAGAAGAUCUUCACCUUCGAUGCCAUGUUUUCCACCAACUUUUCCCAGAUGGAAAACUACCGGAAGCGGGAAGACCUCGUCUACCAAUCCACCGUGCGCCUUCCCGAGGUCCGCAUUUCGGACAACGGUCCCUACGAGUGCCACGUGGGGAUCUACGACCGAGCCACGCGGGAGAAGGUGGUCCUGGCCUCCGGGAAUGUGUUCCUGAAUGUGAUGGCUCCCCCAACGUCCAUCUCGGUGCUGGCUGCAGACACCCCGGCGCCCUUCAGCCGCUACCAGGCACAGAACUUCACCCUGGUGUGCGUGGUGUCCGGUGGGAAGCCCGCGCCACUGGUGUACUUCAAGCGGGACGGGGAGCCCAUCGAGGCCACCCCGCUGCCGGAGCCGCCGGCCGGCGCCAGCAGCUGGGCCCCCCGGAACCUCCUGCACCGUGACCUGGACGACACCAAACUGCCAAAAUCCCUGGCGGCCGACGGCGAGCUGGGAAUGGGAAACCCCUUUCCCACGGCGGAUCCGCCGCGGGGGCUGGCGGCCGAGCGGGAUUCGGUGACGGAAAGCAUUCCCGAGACGGUUGUGAGCCGGGAAUUCCCGCGCUGGGUGCACAUGGCCGAGCCCAUCUAUUAUUUCCGGCACACGCACGCGCCCGUCAGCGACGGCACCGUUGAGGCCCGGGCCACCCUGACGUGGACCCUGAACCCCCAAAUCGACAACGAGGCGCUCUUCAGCUGCGAGGUCAAGCACCCGGCGCUCUCCAUGCCCAUGCAGUCUGAGGUCACGCUGGUUGCUCCCAAGGGUCCGAAGAUCACGAUGACCCCGACAAGGGCGCGCGUGGGGGACACCGUGCGGAUCCUGGUGCAGGGCUUCCAGAACGAGGUGUUCCCGGAGCCGCUGUUCACGUGGACGCGCGUGGGGAGCCGGCUCCUGGACGGCAGCGCGGAGCACGACGGGAAGGAGCUGGUGCUGGAGCGGGUCCCGGCCGAGCUCAACGGCUCCAUGUACCGCUGCACCGCCCAGAACCCGCUGGGCUCCACCGACACCCACACCCGCCUCAUCGUCUUCGAAAAUCCGAAUAUUCCCAGAGGACCAGAAGACUCCAACGGUUCACUUCCCGGCCACUGCGGCUUCAGAUUCGUUUUGGCGCUCACCCUGACAGUGAUCCUGGAGCUCACGUGAAGCUUCACCUCCUCUUCCUCCUCCUCCUCCUCCUCUGUCCAGCUCCUCCCGGCAUUCCUGCCUCCAGCCAUCGGGUCUCCCGCUCUUUAUUUUCUAUACUCUCGACAGUCUCGGUCUCUUUCUGUGUCUUGGCUUCCUCAGACGAUUGAAUUAAAGGGAAAAAGGAAAACCUC